AUGUGGGAAACUUUUAAACAAGUGAAAAUUAAUCUCCCACUCAUUGAUGCAAUUAAGCAAAUUCCAGCUUAUGCCAAAUUUUUGAAAGAUCUUUGCACCCAAAAGAGAAAACUGAAGUCAUCAUUACCCAAAAAGGUGGAAUUAACCGAACAAGUUAGUGCUGUUUUAUCUGGCUCAUUUCCACCUAAGCUCAAGGAUCACGGGACGCCUUUAAAUUCAAUAACUGUUGGUAAUAUUUAUAUCAAAAAGGUGUUGUUGGAUCUUAGGGCAAGCAUUAAUAUACUUCCAUCGAGCCUGGUCGAUCAGUAUGAGUUAGGUACUUUAAAGCAAACUGAUCUUAUAACUCAACUUGUCGAUCGAAGAACAAAGACUCCCCGAGGUAUGUUAGAAAAUGUGAUUGUGAAAGUGGAGGACUUUUAUUACCCUGUUGAUUUUAUUGUUAUGGAUAUUGAACCAUCUUACAGGGACAUACAACCGACAAUCAUUUUAGGUCGUCCAUUCUUGGCUACAAUUAGUGCACGCAUUGAUUGUAGAACAGGAGCCAUGGACAUCUCUUUUGGUAAUAAGAAGCUAAGAAUCAACAUCUUUAACUCAUUGUCUGCUUCUAUUACUAAUGAUUGUUAUGUUAUUGAUGCAAUUAAUGAACAGGUCCAAAAGCCUGCAACUCGCAUGCUUAAGGACGAUGUUUUUGAGUGUUUUUAUGCAGAUGAUGAGGAUUUGCUAGAGGUGGAGGAGGUGAAUGUUAUUGAGAAAGCGGUUGCUAGCACAUUGGACUCAAAGAUGCCAUCGUGGUCAUACAAAUUUGAUCCAUUACCUCAUAGAAUCGACACAGCCACUAAGCCAUCAUUUGAGACACCUCAUACUCUUGAACUGAAACCAUUACCUUCUCAUUUGAAAUAUGUUUUUCUUGGUCCUAACAAAAGCUUACCUGUUAUUAUUGCUUCUAAUCUUUCAGGACCACCUGAGGAGGCGUUAAUGGAAGUGGUUGGUAAGUACAAGGCUGCUAUAGGAUAG